GGCGUCGUCAGCCCUCGGGAAAUAAUUUCCAUCUCUUGGCGGGAAGAGAUCCCCCGAAGCUGUGGGGUUGCACCUUAGAUAACUGGAAUCCGGGAUGCCUGUUCCAGCGUCACCUCCCUAGCCAGCUCCAGGAAGCCCUCCUUUCUGCCAGAAUGAGCAACUGAGGCAAUUCCCUCUUCCACGCUUCCCUGCGGGACCUGCCAUGGCUCCAUUGCGUUUGAGGCCCUUCCAUACCGUGUAUCAAGGCUUACGUUCAGGUCUCCGUCGGAGUUGAGUCCCUCUUAGCUCAGUGGUCUGCUGCCUCGUCCCCUGGAGCACAGGUUCCCUCUUCUCUCCCACGAAGAAGCUGUUCCUGGUCAAGAGCUGGCCAUUCUCUUCCAGCAGAAUGCCAUCCUUGAAAGCUAGAGAUUCCAGUUCACCAAAGUAGUUUAGAUAAUGACCUUCACAGAACCGUGAGCUCCUUGAAGCCUUGAGUGAAGAACUCCUCUUAAAGACUGUUCCUGCAGAGCAAGACGGGUCCUAUUAAUGCUCUCCCAAAAAAGAGAUUCCACACCUUUUCACAAUGACUUAACAAACCCCACCCAGUGGAACAUUCUUCCUAAUUUCUCAUGUAGAGCAGCUUUACCUACUAAGUCCUGUAGCCAACCUGUUGAUCAUUUUUCUGGCUGAACUGCAACAUCCCCCAGCUGUCUACCUUCUGGGUGUUGGGGUGGGAAUCUGGGGUCUGUCCCCCUUCUUUGGAUUUUCUGUUUUUCUCUCACUGCCCCCAGCACAGUGGAUGUAGGGCAAGGAUGUUAUGCUGGGAGUGAAGCAAAUGAUUGUGCAGUUACUGGGAAGAAAGAAUUUUGUUGUGAGUUGAUUUUUGCCUUCCCCAGUACACUAUACACACAAGAAUCCUAACACAGGAGACUAUUACCUAUGGUAGCAUUACAUAACCAUAGAUUGAUCAUUACAUCCAUCCACACCAUUAUGAAAACCUAUAUUCAUUAAGCACUGACAGUGCCCAAACCCUUAGGUUCCUGAGCAUUUCCCAACAUUGCCCCAUAUACUCAGACCAAGAAAGCAGGUAUUAUUUUUAUCCCCAAUAUACAGAUGAACAGGCAGGUUGUGACAGGUAAUGUGGCAGGUGGCAGAGUGAGGAUUGACAUCUAGGUAAGCCAAUUCCAUUGCUUUAGUGCCUAAACCCUGGGCUUUAUAGCACUUGCAGCUUUGACUUCAGCUGGCCCUUCUGCCCUCACCACAGAAUUUAACUUGCCUGAAGCAAAAAACUCAUUUUCAAGUGGUGAGCAAAUCACCCUGAGGUAAGACACUAACCAGCACACUUGACGAGAUGAUUACUAAUGCUCACAGGAACUCUGAGAACAGUUUCCACUUUGCAGAGAAGUUCGCUAGCUCCACUGAGAUCACAGAGCAAAGAGUGGGAGGCAAGGCUGGAUAGGAGUUGAGUUGGUGGGCUUUAGACUCAGGUCCCUGGGUUUAGUUAUCAUCUGCCAUUUAUUCUCUGUGUGGCCUUUGGUAAGUUAGUUAGCCUCUCUGUGCUUUGGUUUCCUUGCAUACAAUGUGGGGCUUCAUAGGUUAUUAGGAGGCUUAAAUGAGUUAACACAGAUAAACAUUUGCUACCAUGAAUGCCCAGUAAAUGUUACCUGCAAAGAGUAACAGAGCCAGAAUUUUAUUCCAAGUCUCUCUGACAUCAAAAACUACACUUUCCCACUACGAGGAGUGCAGCCAUCUCCCAGCUCCCCGCCCCUGCUGAGUAGCUGCAUGAAGCCCUCUUCCGUCCUCAUCUCCAGUUGAGCUGGCUGGCAGAGACCGACUGCACCUGCCAAGCCCUGCCCAAGAUGCAGAACAGUCCUGGCUCACGCCAGUCCUUCCAUGCUGUCCUCAAGCCCUGCUUCCUGCACAUCUCCCAACCCCGAUGGGGAGAACUCGAGUAAGAAAGUCCACUGGACUUCUGGGAGGAGGAGGACGUCAUCCACAGACUCAGAAUCAAAGUCCCACGCCGACCCCUCCAAAGUGUCCAGGUCCCGGAGACCCAGCCGGCUGACGGUGAAGUACGACCGGGGGCAGCUCCAGCGCUGGCUGGAGAUGGAGCAGUGGGUGGACGCGAAAGUUCAGGAGCUCUUCCAGGAUCAACCCACUCCUUCUGAGCCUGAGAUUGACCUGGAGGCUCUCUUGGAACUAUCCACAGAGGAACAGAAGACUCACUUGGAGGCUAUUCUCCGAAACUGCCCCCGCCCCACAGAGCCUUUUAUCUCUGAGCUGCUCAGUGAACUCAAGAAACUCCGGAGACUCAGUCGGCCUCAGAAAUAAGCCUUGUGAGACUACCUUCAGCAGCCUCAGCAUGCCAGGCUGUUCCUGAACCUUUGAAUCCUGGGCUGAUAGGACACA